UCCGAGCCCUGGGCGCUUUGGCUGUAGCUGCGUCCGGCGACAUUGGGAACUUCUGGAAGCCAAAUCCCCACUAGAAAACCCCCUCCCUGACGCCCGCUCCCAUGGGCAACUACCUGAGCACACCCAAGGCCGAGCCGCCACCCCUCGCCCAAAGGCGCGGGAACCCGCGGCCCAGGCCUGCCCAGGCCGAGGACGGUGGGCACCGCAUCCGCUCGGGACCCCUCCCGCAGAUGCCGCCCAACUGGGACCCCGCCAGGCAGCGGAGGGUGGUCACUGAGGCAUGGAGGCGCUUUCCCGCCAAGCCACCUGCUGAGACAGUCCUGGGGCCGGAUCUCUCUGGCGCCUGGGAGAGUUACAUGAAGCGUGUCUGCAGGGAGGACGCUGACCUCGAGCCUGAUGCCCAGCCUUCACUGUCUGCUACCCACCCCACUGCAGGGGCGGUGUCAGCCCAGGGCCCAGAUCCUCAGCUGCAGAGCUUGGAGAAGAUGCAGCACUCCAGGGGCCUCCCACCUUCCUACAGGGCAUAGGAACCGCACCAGGAGGGUCUCUCCCCAGCCUGCUGGCCCCUUUGGCUCCCAAGAGUCAGGGCCCUGUUACCUGCCUCCUGAAACUCAAACCUUUAUAUUUAUUCUCAUCUUGCUCACCCCAUACUCUACCUGACACAGUACUACUGCAUACCCCAGACCUGCCUGUCCUUACUCUGGAGAGCCCACACUGAAGAUUGUUGAUGUUAAACCCCUUGCCUCCUCCUGCUUGCCCACUCCUUCCUGCCUUUUCCCCUUCUUUACUGGAAGGCAUUCUUCUUUCCCCACCUUCCCUAUU